AUGCUGCUAGAACGUAUACAAUGGCUUCGAAUGCGCUUCUGGACGAACAAGCGUAAGAACAAAGACAAUGAUGCUCUGACACGCUACUGGAGCGACACCGGACUCGAGAUCUUCACCACAGUCAUGCAAUUAGCCAUCGGCGUCGGCAUGCUCUUCGCGCCAGAUCACGAGAAACAGCUUGCGAUCAUCACAGGCUUUUCUGUUUCUUCCGUGAUCUGGUGCUGGGCUGCUGCAGGCAAUCGUCCCUUUGAGAUCCUGGCGGCUUUCGCGGCAUAUAUGGCUGUGCUGAUGAUCUAUCGACAGCUUGGAACUUCUUCAUGA